AGAAACUCAAAGCUUUGGAAGCAACUGUAGCGCGUGUACGUGUGUUCGACCAGUGCCAGUCUAGUGCGUACCUUUGCCUGACAGUCGACACUAUUUAAGACACUCGUGUCUCAAGGAAGCUCAUUCACAGUUAUGGUAGCAAGCAUGAAACGUUCUUACUCAGAUACGGAGGAUGAUGUCUUCAGCGAAGCUGAUGGCUUGGGAUCACCUUCUCAGAGUUGUCAGAUAUCCGACAGAAAGAAAAGACGUGGGAUCAUCGAAAAGCGAAGACGUGACAGAAUCAAUAACAGUCUAGCCGAACUCCGGAGGCUUGUUCCAACAGCUUUUGAGAAGCAGGGUUCAGCCAAACUUGAAAAGGCAGAGAUUUUACAAAUGACAGUUGACCACUUGAAGCAUCUCCAUAGUAAAGCUUACAACUACCAUGACCCGCACAGCUUGUCUAUGGAUUAUCGAGUUAUUGGAUUCCGUGAGUGCGCAGCUGAAGUGGCCCGAUACAUGGUGACGGCAGAGGGGAUGGACAUCCAAGACCCAUUGAGGUUACGGAUGAUGAGCCAUCUGCAAUGUUACUCAGCGCAAAGAGAGGCGGCGUGCAAGCUGCAACAGUCAGCAGGAUCAGCGUCAUGGAAUCUCCAGGCAUCUGGAUUGAACAGUCAAUAUAAUACAAACACAGGCUCCAUAGGGCCAAUGUCUCUCCAGCAUACACAAUCAGACACUAAUUUGGCUAUGUCUAUGUCCAGUCAUAUGCCCCAUGUGGCAGCCCCACAUUGUAGCUCAACACUUACAACAGUAUCAUGCCACGAUCCCAGAUCAACGCUAUCACAAAACAACAACAAUGAAAUGACAAACCUGAAUCUACGUUUACCAACAACAGGUGGCUCUGUAACACCUCAAAUGUCUGGUACAGUCAGCUCCACUAACAUUUCACCCCACGUUCCCCUACUGCCCACUCUUCCACACGGUGCAGGUCAAGUGAACACUCAACUGCCAGGAUAUUCUAUGCCAAUGUUAUCACCAAAUGGCACCCACAGUAACUAUAGCAUGGCUAACUCCAUGUCCAGCAUUAGCCAGCAACAUGCAGCCAAUACUGCCAAGCCUUAUCGACCUUGGGGAGGACCUGAGGUUGCCUAUUGACAAUGAAAGUGACUCAGUUAGCCUCUGAUUUAAAGGGCCCAUCGGGUGUUGAUCAUCUGAAUGCAAUAUCGCCUGCAAUAAAAAUACAUUGUAGAAUCGUGGACUACACCUACAUUUUGCCAUCAACCUAUGCAAUCAAUAGGAUUAUUUGAACUGUUUUUAUUAAAACAUACUGUAAUUUAGUACCAUUAGUAUUUAUGUUGUCUUUAGAAAUUCUGUUCAAACGUUUUUAUAAUACAUGAGAAUAGAUGACACUGCUUCACACUAAUUAAAGUACGUCAAAUACAUGAUUGUUCUCAAAGUCUAUGCAAAAUCAAAUGCUCAUUCAACGUCAUAUGAAACUCACUUAGCAGUACAGCAUCAUUUACAUGGCAUCACUGCUAGGUAAAGAUGUAUUUUAAGAUUAUAUAUAAACGAUCUCAUUUGUGUUUUAGUUAUGAGAAUCAAGCCAAAUUAUCUCAACUGACUUUCAGUUUGAGUAUUGAUGUAUACAGUUUUAUUAUUUAAUUUUUUACACAAUGAAUAAAUUUUCGUAUAAAAU